AUGAGGGAUGCUCUGUCCUCUCUCUUCAAGUUUUGCGUCGGAUGUGGGAGCUUGCUCGUCGGACUGCUUGGAAACCUUAUCAUCGGACUGAUCGAGGCUGUCUUUCAUGAAUGCUUGGCGAAUCAAAGAAUUGAAGAGCGCCCUGCUAGGACUCGCUGGUUUGGGAGAGCUGAUAUAGCCCCGGAACCAAGCUGGUCCCAUCCUCAAAUUCACACGAUCGUGGACCGUGGCGUUAAGCGAGUCCCUCGGGUGGUAAAGCGUACCUGCGCCUCUGCUAGGAGAAAGCACAAAUGCGUUGAUGGUGAAUCAGAGGUUUAUUCACUUUUCAAAAAACCUAAGUUAUCCCAAAAGGUGGGAUGGCAUUUUACCCUACCGUCGUCAUCGGAGGCGGAAAUGGGGUCGGUAGAAUCCCCUUCAAGAUCUGCGACUGCCGCAAACUCUGGCAGCGCCCAUAAUGUCUUUUUGAUUCCAAAUGGAGGUCGACAGGCGAAGCCUUCUAAGGCCCUGGACCGCGAUGAUCACUUACGUAGAUUCACUCGACUGGAUAUUGUUCUUCCGGCGAGGGGUGAACCGGUAUCGGAAAAAGUUGUUCCCGACUGUGGUGAAUCCGGGACGAAACUUGGGCAACAUUGGCAACAGAAAAGCUGGGCGGAUCAGAAGAUCUCCCCCUUUGCGAGAUUCUCCGGGAUAUCCGGAGAUAGGAUGCGAUCCAAAUCUUUUAUUAACCACUUUUCAAAUUCUAUUGCCGAAUCCUAA